GCAUCGGGACAGCACCGGCAGUAUGGGGAAGUCGGAUUUCCUCAGCCCCAAGGCGAUCGCCAACCGCAUCAAGUCCAAGGGGCUGCAGAAGCUGCGCUGGUACUGCCAGAUGUGCCAGAAGCAGUGCCGCGAUGAGAAUGGCUUCAAGUGUCACUGCAUGUCUGAGUCCCACCAGAGGCAGUUGCUGCUGGCUUCUGAAAAUCCUCAGCAAUUCAUGGAUUACUUCUCUGAGGAAUUCCGAAAUGAUUUCCUAGAAUUGCUCAGGAGGCGAUUUGGAACGAAGAGAGUCCACAAUAAUAUUGUGUACAAUGAAUACAUCAGCCAUCGCGAACACAUCCACAUGAAUGCCACACAGUGGGAGACACUGACUGAUUUUACAAAAUGGCUGGGGAGAGAAGGUCUUUGCAAGGUUGAUGAGACUCCUAAAGGCUGGUACAUUCAGUACAUCGACAGGGACCCAGAGACAAUUCGUAGGCAGCAAGAGCAAGAGAGGAAGAAGAAACAGGACCUUGAUGAUGAAGAAAAAACUGCUAAAUUCAUUGAACAACAAGUUAGAAGAGGUUUGGAGGGGAAAGAACUGGAAAUGCCAGUCUAUACUGAACUGAACAGAGAAAACGAAGAAGAAAAAGUUACAUUUAAUUUAAACAAAGGAGCAAGUACUUCAGUCGCAGCAUCUUCUAAAACAAGCAGUGUCCUUGGACAGAAUGCACUGAAGAUGGUGGAGGGGGCAGUUAAAAGAAAAGAUGCAGCUCAUAGCUCUGGUCAGCUCAAGGAGAAAAAGAAGAAAUCUGCACUGGAUGAGAUCAUGGAGCUUGAAGAGGAGAAGAAAAGAACAUCUCGAAGAGACUACUGGUUACAACCUGAAAUCAUUGUAAAAAUUGUAACAAAAAAGCUUGGAGAGAAGUACCACAAAAAGAAGGCAGUUGUUAAGGAAGUGAUUGACAAAUACACAGCAGUCGUGAAGGUGAUUGACUCUGGGGACAAGCUGAAGCUUGAUCAGACACAUCUAGAAACUGUAAUACCAGCACCAGGCAAGAAAGUGAUGGUAUUAAAUGGUGGGUACAGGGGGAAUGAAGGCAUUUUGGAAUCCAUCAAUGAGAAGAGGUUUUCAGUGACAAUAACCAUUGACUCAGGACCUUUAAAAGGGCGCAGAGUCGAAGAUAUCCAGUAUGAAGAUGUUUCCAAACUUGCCUGAGGUGCUAAAUCAUGCAUCAGAGAAGAUUUUGGUUCUCAAAACCUUCUUUCUGACAUCUUUCAGGCAGACACAAGACUCUACCAUGUCAGGGUUUUAAUUGUGUGUACAUGUAUUUAUAAUGUAUAUAGACAUUAACAACAGCAAACUUGAUUUAUUUAAAGAUAGCUAUGUAAUUUCUUAUAUGAAGUGUAUAUGGAAAUACUAUCAGUGGAAAUUUUUCAUCUGAUUUUAUAUCAAAGUUAUAAUAUUUGCUUCAAUUUCCUUUUGUAAAAUGUAGUAGAGAGCUGCAAACAGGGCAGGUCCUGAAGAGACAAUUACCUACAGGGAGGCAAUGUAUGUUGGAGCCAGUGGAGUUUAAACAACACAAUUCUCAAUCCAGAGCUAAAAUGGACUUCUGGGUGCAGGAACAAGGCAAAGGACUAAGGGAAUAGCAGGAAGAUACCAAUACUGCAAAGGAUUAUUUAUUGGAUGCUGUAAGAAUGGUCUGGCCUAUUACAUUCAGUCACCAGUUCAGUUUUGAUCAGCACAUCAGUGAUAGCAGAAUGCAAGUCAGGGCUCCUGCUAAUACUGAUAUGGAAUUUAUCUUCAUAUGGACUCCACAUGAAGCUGCUCCAUGGAUGUUACUUGUGGACUGUCUUGGGAUGCCAGCUGAAGCUUGUGCAGAUAUGAAUUGGGGGUUGCUCUUUUGCUUUUCCAAAGCCUUUUCCUUCCAUGUUGCUCUGCUACAUGAGUAAUGUUACUUGUGCUAAAUGAUACAGCAUUACUUGUUUUAUUUUUUUAAAAGCAUCACAUUUUGUACAACGUUUAAUUUCUAAGGCACUUCAGGAAUAAACAGAAACCUUUCUUAGGCCAGUGUGUUUCUUACCAACCUUUCCAAUGUGUGAGGCAGCUGUUGAUUUAAGUCCACUAAAGAGCACAGUGAAGUGCUGGGUUGGCACACCACAUUAUUUGGGUAAAAAAAAUAUGUGAGUGAUCCUGGGCAAAAUAAAACCCAUCACCUGAAGGCUGUGUCUCUGGAACCUUUUCCCUUUCCUUGCCUCAAAAGAUCUUGAUGAUUUGUGGUUUCCAGGGGAAACCUGCACAAAACUGGAAGUCUGCA